CAUACCAUCAAAUCAAUUCAGAAGGGCUCAGAAGAUCAGACAUAAGUUGGAAAACACUAAAUUUGCAAGAUUUUUUCUUGUCUUCCUUGCGAUCCUUGGAACAUCGAUGGUCAUUGGCGACGGAAUUAUCACUCCUUCCAUCUCGGUUCUCUCUGCCGUAAGUGGGAUCAAGCCUCUAGGCCAAGAAGCGAUUGUGGGUGUUUCCGUUGCAAUACUGGUAGCCCUCUUCUGUUUUCAACGUUUUGGUACGGAUAAAGUGGGAUACUCAUUUGCUCCAGCCAUAUGCAUUUGGUUUUGUUUAAUAAGUGGUACCGGUAUGUACAACUUGUUCAAGCAUGAUGUGAGCGUCUUACGUGCCUUUAAUCCCAUAUACAUUUUUGACUACUUCAAAGGAAAUGGUAAAAAAGGAUGGCUUUCUCUUGGUGGAGUUAUCCUCUGCAUUACAGGAUCUGAAGCUAUGUUUGUUGAUUUGGGUCACUUUAGUGUGCGGUCUGUUCAAAUAAGCUUCAGUUGCGUAGUAUUUCCAUCUAUCCUCUCUGCUUAUAUUGGGCAAGCUGCUUACCUUACAAAAUUCCCAGAAAAUGUGGGGAAUGCUUUCUAUGCCUCUGUUCUGGAUCCAAUUUACUGGCCAACAUUUGUAGUGGCUGUUGUUGCGGCCAUUAUUGCAAGUCAAGCAAUGAUAUCUGGAGCUUUUUCUAUUGUGGCUCAGGCCCAAAGUCUAGGUUGUUUCCCAAGGGUGAAGUUACUCUCAGCUUCAAAACCACAAGAAAUUUGGGGAAUGCUUAUGGAAUUUGUGUGGUUAGUGCUGAGCUUACAACCACAAAUAUGAUGACAUUAGUAAUGCUUCUUAUAUGGAAAAUUAGCAUAUGGCGGAUUAUCCUAUUC